AUGGCCACCAACGGCAGCUCCGCGAGGGUUCGGGACACGGAGAGCAGCCUGGAGAAGGUGAAGCGGCAGCUGUCGUCGGGGUCCGGGAGGUACCUGCUGCAAGGGCCCCUGCUCAAGCGAUCUGAGACGUUACGGAAAUGGAAUGAACGUUGGGUCAUAUUGGAUCCGACAUCUGGAAAGAUGGAAUACAAACUCCGGAGAAAUGAAACUGCCAUUAAGGGGACCAUUCUGUUUGACGCCUCAAGCACCAUUACUUUAUCUCCUGUGAACUUUCAAGGGAUGCCAAAAUAUGAUGGCUGCUGCUUCUACAUCGGAACUCCGCAAAAGAAGGAUUACUUUCUUUGCGCUGAAACUCCUGGUGCCGCGAAAGCUUGGGUAUCUACAUUACAUGCAACUCAGUUAGUCUUACGAGCUCAUAAAGAGGCAGUAAAUUCUUUGGCUGGGAAUGGCUCUCCAGCUACAUUAGGCACAGUUGCUACUGCAGUUGCUAAUGCUAAUGCAACAGCCAUGGAGGCUACCAAGGAGAUAGAAGCUGCACUAAAGGUUUCAAUGAGGGCAGCUCUUGGGUUGGGUACAAAUAACUCCAACGAGGGCCAACUUGAUGACCUAACAAUCAUGAAGGAGACUCUACGAGUGAAAGAUGAGGAAUUGCAACAUUUGGCUAAGGAUAUCCGUUCUCGAGAUGCUACAAUAAAGGAAAUAGCAGACAAAUUAACAGAAACUGCAGAGGCUGCAGAAGCUGCUGCUUCCGCAGCUCAUACAAUGGAUGAACAGAGGCGACUUUUGUGUUUGGAGAUUGAGCGACUAAAACAAGCCUUGGAAAGACAAAUAGAGCAAUCAAUGCUUAAGCUUAGACAAUCAGAAGAGAAGGUUAUCAGCCUGAGCAAAGAGAAGGAGCAGUUGAUGAAGGAAAGAGAUGCUGCAUUUCAAGAGGCUCAUAUGUGGCGCAUUGAACUAGGAAAAGCCAGGGAGCAAGCAGUGAUACAGCAAGCAACUAUUGCCCGAGCAGAGGAGAAGGCAAGAGUUUCUGAAGCUGAUGCUGCAGCUCGGAUUAAGGAAGCUGCUGAAAAAUUGCAUACUGUUGAGAAAGAAAAGGAGGAGCUUCUAGCCCUGGUUGGUGUUCUCCAAUCACAAGUCCAGAGAGAGCAGAGCAGCACAAAGCAAGUAUGUGAAGAGAGGUCUGAAUCAUGUUCAGGCGCCGACAAUUCCCCUCCCUUAACGAAGCAUGUUGAUGCAUCGGAUGAUGAUGUGGACAAAGCCUGCGUAAGUGACUCUAGAUCAGUGCUGGUUUCAAGCGAUAGCACUGAGGUCCAGCUGGCUGUGGAUGGGGUGGACAUCCGUCCUGUUGGCGAUGCAGAGUGGGGUGGCUUCCAGCAGUCAGAAGCGCUGAUCGCUGAUGUUCGGGAGGUCUCCCCAGAGGCAGAUGGCGGCAGCUUGGAUAUUCCUGUGGUCAACCCCCCACCAGUCAGUGAUCAUAUCCAGGGAGGCGCCACCCAUCCCUGA